AUGGCGUCUUCGGAACUCAGUGCCGCCGAGGCACAGUGGAGGGAACAGUUUGCAGCUAUGCAAGAGGCCAUCGCCAACCUCAAGAUCCCCAAUGAAAACGGCCCCGUCGAUGGAGAUGUCGACGAAGACGAAUUUGGUGGCUACUCUUCUGGAAACAGCGGCCAGGAUGUCUGGGACUUUAUCUCGGACGAUGACCAGGAUGCUUUCAGCAGCGACUUUGCUGAUGGAGAGGCCGCCUUUGACGGCUCAGCUGUAGCUGAUUAUAGCGCUGAAUGGUUCGCCAUAAAGUGUUCCGGCAUUGCGGCCAAGAAUGGGCUCUCUGCCGAUGUGUUUGAGAGUCAGAUUAUGAGUGUUCUCUCGUCCAGCCGCUCCGACGAUGAGCUUCAAAUCCAACUUACCGACCUUGUCGGAUUUGACGAUCUCGACUUUAUUAUCGAGGUCCUAGGUCACAGAGACGAAAUCGUUUCUGCUGUCAACAGCCAAAACCAACAAUCCUCAACUGGACCCCGACUUUUGAACAAGUCCCAGAGGGAGGAUGCUCUCCGUCGUCAAGACCUGGCGCACAAGACUGCCACUCUUGCGCCAGCUCAUUCCAAAGAGCCUCAUUAUCCUCACGUCUACAAGUCAUACAGCGCUGGCAACACCCUCAGUUAUGCUGGAAAGAAGUAUGGUCUGCCGGUGGGCAGUGAGCGGAAGCAGUUUGACAAGUACGAGGAGUACUCUAUCCCAGCUGGCCGAAAGGGUGUCCUUGGCCCAGGCCAGAGACUCAUCCCCAUCAAGGAGCUCAAUGGGUUGUGUCGAAACACUUUCAAGGGUUACAAGACGCUCAACCGCAUGCAGAGUCUUGUCUAUCCUGUUGCGCACAAGACUAGUGAGAACAUGUUGAUCUGUGCCCCCACCGGUGCUGGUAAAACUGAUGCUGCCAUGCUCACCAUUCUCCAAACAAUUGCUCAAAACGUUGAGCCCAAUCCUUUUGAGGAUCCAGCGGCCACCGACUUUUUCGUCAAUGCCGAAGACUUCAAAAUCGUCUACGUUGCUCCCAUGAAGGCUCUUGCUGCUGAAGUCACGGAGAAGCUGGGCAAGCGUCUGGCUUGGCUUGGUAUCAAGUGUCGAGAGUACACUGGUGAUAUGCAACUGACAAAGGCUGAGAUUAUCCAGACUCAGAUCAUCGUCACAACCCCUGAGAAGUGGGAUGUUGUCACACGAAAGGGAACUGGUGAUACCGAGCUCGUCCAGAAGGUCCGCCUCCUCAUCAUUGAUGAGGUCCAUAUGCUCCAUGACGAGAGAGGUGCUGUCCUCGAAUCCCUCGUGGCCCGAACCGAAAGACAGGUUGAGAGCACACAAUCGCUCAUUCGGAUUAUCGGUCUCAGUGCCACCCUGCCCAACUACGUCGAUGUGGCCGAUUUCCUCAAGGUCAACAAGUAUGCUGGCCUAUUUUACUUUGAUUCGUCUUUCCGACCUGUGCCCCUUGAGCAGCAUUUUAUUGGUGUCAAGGGCAAAGCUGGAUCCAAACAAUCCAAGGACAACCUUGACCAAGUCGCCUUCGACAAGGUCAAGGAGAUGCUCGAGCGUGAUCAUCAAGUCAUGGUGUUUGUUCACUCACGACGAGAUACCAUGCUCACGGCUCGCAUGCUGAACCAAAAGGCUAUGGAGGCGAUGUGUGCCGACCUAUUUGAUCCCUCCUAUCACCCUGGUUACGACCAAGCUGCUCGAGACAUCAAGCAGUCCAAGUCCAAGGAGAUCCGAGAGUUGUUGUCAAUGGGCAUUGGUGUUCACCACGCCGGUAUGGCAAGAUCUGACAGAAACCUGAUGGAGAGACUGUUUGGUGAGGGCGUCUUGAAGGUUCUGUGCUGUACAGCAACUCUGGCCUGGGGUGUCAACUUGCCUGCUGCCGCAGUCGUUAUCAAAGGAACCCAGGUUUACAGUGCCCAGGAUGGUAAAUUCGUCGACCUCGGCAUCCUCGACGUGUUGCAGAUCUUUGGUCGUGCUGGCCGUCCUCAGUUCGAAGACACCGGUAUUGGCAUGAUCUGCACCACUCACGAUAAGCUCACACACUACUUGACUGCCGUGACAGAGCAGCAGCCGAUCGAAUCCAAGUUCUCUACCAAGCUAGUGGACAACUUGAACGCUGAGAUUGCGCUGGGAACCGUGACUUCCAUCCCUGAUGCAGUCCAGUGGAUUGGAUACUCUUAUCUGUUUGUUCGCAUGCAGAGGAGCCCAAUGACCUAUGGUAUCGAGUGGUCGGAGAUUCGAGAUGACCCUAAUCUGGUCCAGAGACGACGUCAACUUGCUAUCCAGGCCGCCAAGACACUGCAGCAGUGCCAGAUGAUCAUCUACAACGAGAGAACAGACGAACUGCGCAGCAAGGACAUUGGUCGAAUUGCGAGCCAGUACUAUAUCCUUCACACCAGUAUUCAGGUGUUCAACGCCAUGAUGCAGCCCCAAGCUACAGAGGCAGACAUUCUGAAGAUGAUCAGCAUGAGUGGAGAGUUUGACAACAUCCAGUCGAGAGACAGCGAAGAGAAGGAACUGACUCACUUGCGGCGGGAAAUCAUCCCUUGCGAUGUGGAUGGAGGCAUCGACACUCCUCAGGCGAAGACUAACAUUCUUCUCCAAUCUUACAUCUCUCGAACUCAGCCCGAGGAUUUUGCCCUUUCAAACGACAUGAACUAUGUUGCUCAGCAAUCAGGACGAAUCUGUAGAGCACUGUUCAUGCUCGCCCUCAACCGUCGAUGGGGUCACCAAUGCUUGGUGCUGCUCACUCUGGCGAAGUCGAUCGAGAAGCGUAUCUGGCCGUUCCAGCAUCCCCUUCACCAAUUCGACUUGGCAAAGUCUGUUCUUAACCAACUUGACGCUAAGGAGAGCCUGACGAUUGAAGCCAUGAAGGAUAUGGAGCCGGCCGAGAUUGGCGGCUUGAUUCACAACCAAGGCGCCGGCAAGAACAUUGCCAGGAUUCUCAACAACUUCCCCACGGUUCACGUCGAGGCCGAGAUUGCGCCCCUCAACCGAGACGUUCUGCGCAUCAAGCUCUAUGUCAUCCCUGACUUCAAGUGGCAUGAUCAGAUCCAUGGCACCUCCGAGUCCUUCUACGUUUGGGUCGAGAACUCGGAGACGUCAGAGAUCUAUCAUCACGAGUUUUUCAUUCUUAACAGGAGAAAGCUCCAUGAUGACCAUGAGCUGAACUUUACAAUUCCUCUCUCAGACCCCCUGCCGAAGCAGAUCUACGUCCGCGCCGUGUCGGACAGAUGGCUUGGUGCGGAAACGGUGACGCCAGUCUCCUUUCAACAUCUCAUUCGACCAGACACCGAGAGUGUCUAUACAGAUCUGUUGAAUCUGCAGCCGCUACCAAUCUCGGCUCUCAAGAACCCAGCACUGGAGGAAAUCUAUGCCAAGAGGUUCCAGUUCUUCAACCCCAUGCAGACUCAGAUCUUCCACACGCUUUAUCAUACUCCGGCCAACGUGCUCCUCGGAUCACCCACCGGCAGUGGAAAGACUGUGGCUGCUGAACUUGCCAUGUGGUGGGCGUUCCGGGAGAGGCCCAAGUCCAAGGUUGUCUAUAUCGCCCCGAUGAAGGCACUUGUCCGCGAGCGUGUUAAGGACUGGGGAGCUCGUCUGGCGCGGCCUUUGGGGUUGAAGCUGGUCGAGUUGACUGGUGACAACACACCCGAUACUCGAACGAUUCAAGACGCCGAUGUCAUCAUCACGACUCCUGAGAAGUGGGACGGUAUCUCGCGUUCUUGGCAGACGAGAGGAUACGUGCGACAGGUCAGCCUGGUCAUCAUUGAUGAGAUUCAUCUCUUGGCAGGUGAUCGAGGUCCCAUUCUCGAGAUCAUCGUCUCGCGAAUGAACUACAUUGCUUCCUCAACCAAGAACGCCGUCCGUCUGCUGGGUAUGUCGACUGCAUGCGCCAACGCGACGGAUCUCGGUAACUGGCUUGGUGUCAAGGAGGGUCUCUUCAACUUUAAGCACUCGGUUCGUCCAGUUCCCCUGGAGCUGUACAUCGAUGGGUUCCCAGAAGUCAGGGGCUUCUGUCCAUUGAUGCAGUCCAUGAACCGCCCAACGUUCCUGGCUGUCAAGAACCACAGCCCUGACAAACCUGUGAUCGUCUUUGUGCCCUCGCGACGACAGACACGUCUUACUGCCAAGGAUCUCAUCAACUUUUGUGGAAUGGAGGAUAACCCUCGUCGGUUCCUCCACAUGGACGAAGACGACCUGCAGCUGAAUCUCUCACGAGUCAAGGAUGAUGCGCUCAAGGAGGCCAUUAACUUUGGCAUCGGGCUGCAUCACGCCGGUCUCGUCGAGUCAGAUCGUCAAUUGGCUGAGGAACUAUUCCUCAACAACAAGAUCCAGAUCCUCGUUGCCACCAGCACACUCGCCUGGGGUGUCAACUUGCCCGCCCAUCUCGUCGUCGUCAAGGGCACGCAGUUCUUUGACGCCAAGAUUGAGGCCUACAAGGACAUGGACCUGACGGAUGUGUUGCAGAUGCUGGGACGAGCUGGCCGUCCCCAGUUCGACAACUCGGGAGUUGCUCGCAUCUUUACUCAGGACGCCAAGAAGGACUUUUAUAAGCACUUCCUCCACACGGGCUUCCCUGUCGAGUCUUCGCUGCACACCGUCUUGGAUAACCAUCUUUGCGCCGAGGUGUCUGCUGAGACCAUCAUCACCAAGCAGGACGCUCUCGAUUACCUCACCUGGACCUUUUUCUUCCGGAGACUGCACAAGAACCCUUCGUACUAUGGUCUCGAGAUCUCGGCUGAGGAGCACAACAGCAUCGCCGCGCAGCAGCUCGCCAACGAGUACAUGAUCGAGAUGGUCAACAAGUCGCUCAGCGAGUUGGCAGACUCCAAGUGUGUCGAGGUGUUCCCCAACGGCGACGUCGAUCCCACACCACUUGGCAAAAUCAUGAGUUACUACUAUCUCUCCCACAAGACCAUCCGUCACCUCGUCCGUCACGCCAAGGCGCAGGCCUCAUUCCUUGACGUGCUCUCAUGGAUGUCCCGUGCAACCGAGUACGAUGAGCUCCCUGUUCGUCACAACGAGGACCUCGUCAACAGCACGCUCUCGGACAAUCUUCCCUUCCCUGGUCAUGCUUUUGGACUCCCCAUGUGGGAUCCCCAUGUGAAGGCCUUCCUGCUGCUUCAGGCGCACAUGUCGCAGAUUGAGCUGCCCAUCACUGAUUACGUGGGCGAUCAAACCAGUGUCCUCGACCAAGCCAUUCGUAUCGUUCAGGCCUCCAUCGAUGUCCUCACAGAGCUCGGGUAUCUGUCCAGUUGCCUGCAGAUGAUGGCUCUUCUCCAGUCUAUCAAGUCAGCUCGCUGGCCCACUGAUCCCCCUGUUUCGAUCCUCCCCUCGGUGGACACUGAUAUCAAGAACGAUACGCCUCUCUCCAAGAUCAGCGCCCUCACCCGUCCGCAGGCGAUUCAGUUAGCUAAGAAGCUCUCUGUUCCGACCAGCCAACACAACCGCUUCGCACGCGCUGUGUCAAUCCUCCCUAACGUAUCCGUUUCCAUCGACGAGGCCACUGCACUCUCGGUGACAAUCGGUCUGAAGCGACUUAAUCCGCUUGUGGAGAGGGAAGCCCGUAUCUACGCGCCCAAGUUCCCCAAGCCGCAGACGGAGAGCUGGUUUGUCAUUGUUGCAGAUGUAGCCCGCGAUGAGGUCAUGGCUGUGAAGCGAGUUGGCUGGACUACGAACCCCAACCGCAAGCUUCAGAGUGGUGGCAAGCCGACGGCCAGAACAAGUAUCAAGCUCCCUCCGGCCGAGGCUGGACAGGCCCGCAAGUUGGACGUUCUUGUCGUCAGCGACGCCUACCCAGGUCUCGAGUACCGAGUUGAGGGUGUUGAUAUCCCCGCGCCGCCGACGGUCGACGAUGAGGUGCAGUCAAAGAAGGCGGCCGCGUCUGGAUCAAAGUGA